GAACACUCGACAAGGAUCGCCGCAUACAGUUCUGUUUAACAAGCGGGUUUUUGUGCUUGUGUUUCAGUGUUUUUCCGGUGAAGUAAAAAUCAUCACAUCAUUGAAAAAGAACCCUAUGCAUGCCUGGAAUUUAUUCACCUUGUCCAAGUGUGCAACAUAGACACAUAGAUAAUAUCACCCCAAAACCUUACGAAGUGCCGCUGAGUCCGUGUCCAUUUUUUGCAUGAGACGGAGCUGAUCAUUUCCUGCCUGUAAACGAAAGUGAAAUUAAGUGUCGGGAUUUUAAAGGCAGAGUCGCCAUUUUAUCAAGAAACAUUUUAUCAAGAUUCUGGAAUAAUGUAAAGAUAUUCUAUGUUUCAAGAGGCCCCAGCAGGAAUCAUCUGGUCUGGAUCAGCGUAGAAAUGGAUGGAUCUGCUUCUGAAAUGCGCCCCCCUGUGGGGUGUAACAGAAAGAGCCCUGAGAGUGUCCUGAUGAAGAGAGCAGACUCCCCUGUACCCAGCUGUGUUUCCCUGAAGAGUGACUGGUCAAUGGAUCAACCACUCCACUUCAGAGAGGGACCUUUUCCUACAGAUCAAAGAGAUCAAAUGGAAGAAUGCAGUGCAGAUCUACAUGAUAAAUCGGGUUUAUCAUCCAUAUUGAAGUCGCUAGAGGAAAAAGCCAUGAAGUUCCUAAAGGAGGAACUGAAGACGUUUGUGAGGCACCUAGAUCAGAAUUACCCAGAAUGCUCUGAGCCUCAACUGGAGGAGGACAAUGACCUGGACUGUGAUGGUCAGAUGCAGAAGACCAGUGUUAGAGAGGUAGCUCUGAAGAUCACACUGUACAUCCUGAGGACCAUGAAGCAAAAUGAUCUUGCUGACCUGCUGGACAAGAGACAGCUCAUGCUACAGGAUAUCAAAGCUAAACUUAAGAAGCAAUUUGAGUGUGUAUUUGAAGGGAAAGCUAAGGAAGGACAGCCAACACUUCUCAGUGAGAUUUACACAGAACUCUACAUAACUGAAGGUGGGACUGGAACAGUCAAUGAUGAACAUGAAGUGAGACAGAUUGAAACAGUAUCCAAGAAAAGGCGAACAGAAGAUACUACAGUCAAGUGCAAAGAUAUAUUUAAACCCUUAUGUGGGCGUGUGACACCGAUCAGAACUGUACUCACGAAAGGGGUGGCAGGUAUCGGGAAAACAGUCUCUGUGCAGAAAUUUAUUCUCGACUGGGCAGAAGGAAAAGCAAACCAGGAUGUUCACUUCAUAUUUGCUCUUCCUUUCCGGGACCUGAAUUUGAUUAAGGGUGAAUACAGUCUGAUUGAACUGCUUCACCACUUUGUCCCAGAACUGAAAUCAUUUCAAUCCACUGACCUGUUUAGCUCCAAAGUCUUGUUCAUCUUUGAUGGUCUGGAUGAGUGUCGCCUUCCUCUGGAUUUUCAGAACAAUGAGAGCUGGUUUGAUGUAACAAAGAAAACGUCACUAGAUGUGCUGUUGACUAACCUCAUUAAGGGGAAUCUGCUCCCAUCCGCUCUCCUCUGGAUAACCUCCCGGCCAGCAGCAGCCAAUCAGAUACCUGCUAAGUGUGUCCACCAGGUGACAGAGAUACGAGGGUUCAGUGAUGCCCAGAAGGAGGAGUAUUUCAAGAAGAGAUUUAAUGAUCAGAGCCUGGCCAGCAGGAUUAUUGCACAUGUGAAAUCAUCAAGGAGCCUCUUCAUCAUGUGCCACAUACCUGUGUUCUGCUGGAUUUCAGCCACUGUGCUUGAGAGGCUUUUUAGCGAGACUGACAGUGGAGAAAUUCCAAGGACUCUGACUGAAAUGUACACACACUUCCUGAUCUUUCAGACAAGUUUAAAAAAUGACAAAUAUAUGAAAAACCAUGAAACUAAGCUUAAGAAAUACAGCAAGGAAUUCCUUUUAAAACUUGGUAAACUUGCUUUUGACAACCUUGAGAAAGGCAAUCUCAUAUUUUAUGAGCAUGAUCUGUCAGAGAAUGGCAUUGAUGUCACUGAAACUUCAGUUUACUCUGGAGUGUGCACAGAAGUCUUUAAAGAGGAGUAUGGGUUGUACCAGGAGAAGGUGUACUGCUUUGUGCAUCUGAGCAUCCAGGAGUAUCUCGCUGCUUUAUAUGUGUUUCUGUCAAACUCAUCAGCUGACUUGCUGGAGACUGCAGUGGAUCAGGCAUUAGAGAGCAAGAAUGGACACUUGGACCUCUACCUCCGCUUCCUGCUGGGCCUCUCAACAGACUCCAGUAAGACUCUGUUACAAAGACUACUGGGGCCGACAAGAAUCAGCUCACAUACCAUUAAGGAUACAGCCCAGUACAUCAAGAGGAAAAUAAAGGAGAAUUUAUCUCCAGAAAGGACCAUCAAUCUGUUCCACUGUCUGACUGAACUGGGUGACAAUUCUCUAGUAGAGGAAGUACAAAGAUACCUGAAUUCAGGAAACAUUUCAGCAGAUGACCUCUCACCUGCACAGUACUCAGCUCUGGCCUUUGUGAUGCUGAUGUCAGAUGAGGAGCUGGAUGUGUUUGACCUGAAGAAAUACAUCAGAUCAGAUGAAGAGCACUGCAGGCUGCUGCCUGUGGUCAAGAACUCCAGGACGGCUCUCUGACGUUUAUGUGAGGAUCCAGAUGGGCACCCAGAAAGGAAGGCAUUACAGUAUCCAGCCUGGAAGUUAUAAAGGUGUUGCUGCAUCACCAGGUAAUGUAAACGAUCGGUAGCGAAGCUCCUCUCACGGCCAAUGAGAGGGAGUCUCACAAUCUUUCAGUCGAGUUUGAGGUUUUAGAGCUUUGUAGCCAAAUCGCACAGAGGCAGGGACUAUUGUGAGCACUCAAUGAACAGAGGCUGAAGUGGUUGAUACCAAACAUGCCAUACCAGCCUAGCGGUUCACACCGAAUACCAUCUGUAAUGAUUAAUUAAUGAUUACUAUAUUAUGUCAUUAUGUUAUAUUACUCACAGCAAUCACUGGUCUAAGUGGUCUAGGUUGCACCUCAAUCAGAGGUUACCCUUUAUACGGACAUUAUAUGACAUAUUCUCAUGUCAGCAGCACAUCUUACCCUUAGAUAGGCAUGGUAGAAUACAAGGAUCAGAUAAGGGCUGCUGAGGAAUGUGGAAAAGAAAAGGGGGUGAAGGUUUGUCAGUCAAAGAAAAAGAGUCUUUCAAAGUUAGGACACAUUACAAACAUAACCUCUCUGUAUAUUGAGACUAGUAGUUAUGGGUAAAUAAAUAUACAGAUAUACUGUACAACAACCAAACUUAAAAGAAACUUUCUUUAGGGUGUUGGUCUGUUGGGUGAGUGGUAUGUAAGGCAGGAUGUCUGGGGAGGGGGUUGUGUGCCAAGUUGAGGGACCCCUGUCCUUGAGGUCCACUCUGCUGUCCGUAGGUCGUUAAAACUUUGAGCAAUAAAAGUUGGAGUGCUGGCCCCCCUUGUUAUCUGUGUGUGUUUAAGUGUGUCUGUGUGUGUGGGGUCACGAACCCCCCUUUGAGGCCUAGGCCAAUGUGUGCCUCUCGUACCAGGGUAGGCCUUGUCUCAGGCCACCUGGAAUUUAAGCUUUGUGAUAUGUACAUGUGUGAUCCUACACCAGAUUUAAAAUGGGUAACCUUAAAAGGGAAAUACUGUUCUGCAAAGCAAGCACAGUUUGUGGAAACACGACCUUAAAGUCAUAAAGCAGGCUAACAGAACUGCUUAGGUUGUUAGAAUGAAAGGAAGUUGGUUUACUUGUUUGCAGAGUGGAUGGGGUCUUGGCAGUAUUAAAUAAUACCUGCUUUUCUUUCUAGUAGAAUAAAUGACUGUAAUGCCCUCUUGUCUGUUUCACAUCUACUGUUUCACAUCUACAAGGGGCCCAGAAUGCCGCUGGCGGAGUGUUAACACGCACCAGUCACAGGGAUCACAUCUACAACGGGCCCAGAAUGCCGCUGGCGGAGUGUUAACACGCACCGGUCACAGGGAUCACAUCUACAACGGGCCCAGAAUGCUGCUGGCGGAGUGUUAACACGCACCAGUCACAGGGAUCACAUCUACAACGGGCCCAGAAUGCCGCUGGCGGAGUGUUAACACGCACCAGUCACAGGGAUCACAUCUACAACGGGCCCAGAAUGCUGCUGGCGGAGUGUUAACACGCACCAGUCACAGGGAUCACAUCUACAACGGGCCCAGAAUGCCGCCGGCGGAGUGUUAACACGCAUCAGUCACAGGGAUCACAUGUACAACGGGCCCAGAAUGCCGCUGGCGGAGUGUUAACACGCACCAGUCACAGGGAUCACAUCUACAACGGGCCCAGAGUGCCGCUGGCGGAGUGUUAACACGCACCAGUCACAGGGAUCACAUCUACAACGGGCCCAGAAUGCUGCUGGCGGAGUGUUAACACGCACCAGUCACAGGGAUCACAUCUACAACGGGCCCAGAAUGCCGCUGGCGGAGUGUUAACACGCACCAGUCACAGGGAUCACAUCUACAACGGGCCCAGAAUGCGGCUGGCGGAGUGUUAACACGCACCAGUCACAGGGAUCACAUCUACAACGGGCCCAGAAUGCGGCUGGCGGAGUGUUAACACGCCCCAGUCACAGGGAUCACAUCUACAACGGGCCCAGAAUACCGCUGGCGGAGUGUUAACACACACCAGUCACAGGGAUCACAUCUACAACGGGCCCAGAAUGCGGCUGGCGGAGUGUUAACACGCACCAGUCACAGGGAUCACAUCUACAACGGGCCCAGAAUACCGCUGGCGGAGUGUUAACACGCACCAGUCACAGGGAUCACAUCUACAACGGGCCCAGAAUGCCGCUGGCGGAGUGUUAACACGCACCAGUCACAGGGAUCACAUCUACAACGGGCCCAGAAUGCCGCUGGCGGAGUGUUAACACGCACCAGUCAGAGGGAUCACAUCUACAACGGGCCCAGAAUACCACUGGCGGAGUGUUAACACGCACCAGGGACAGGGAUCACAUCUACAACGGGCCCAGAAUGCCGCUGGCGGAGUGUUAACACGCACCAGUCAGAGGGAUCACAUCUACAACGGGCCCAGAAUGCCGCUGCCGGAGUGUUAACACGCACCAGUCACAGGGAUCACAUCUACAACGGGCCCAGAAUGCCGCUGGUGGAGUGUUAACACGCACCAGUCAGAGGGAUCACAUCUACAACGGGCCCAGAAUGUCGCUGGCGGAGUGUUAACAUGCACCAGUCACAGGGAUCACAUCUACAACGGGCCCAGAAUGCCGCUGGCGGAGUGUUAACACGCACCAGUCACAGGGAUCACAUCUACAACGGGUCCAGAAUGCCGCCGGCGGAGUGUUAACACGCCCCAGUCACAGGGAUCACAUCUACAACGGGCCCAGAAUGCCGCUGGCGGAGUGUUAACACGCACCAGUCACAGGGAUCACAUCUACAACGGGCCCAGAAUGCCGCUGGCGGAGUGUUAACA